ACAAAAGAGAGAAGACUAGAAAUAAAAGGAAGAAGCGAGUCCACACGAACGCGCAGAAAAAGGUCAAAGAGGGUUAAAUAAAAAAGGUUCUUCUUGAGAAAGUCUCUGCUUGUAAUUUCGUUGGAGAGAGAGAGAGAUGGGUGCUUCUGCUUCGGUUCCGGAGAGAUCCGUCCAUCAAUUCACCGUAAAGGAUAGCUCGGGGAAGGACGUGAAUUUGAGCAUUUACCAAGGGAAGGUCCUCCUCAUCGUCAAUGUCGCCUCCAAAUGCGGUUUCACCGAAUCUAACUAUACCCAGCUCACCGAACUUUACCGGAAAUACAAGGACCAAGAGUUUGAGAUCUUGGCAUUCCCUUGCAACCAGUUUCUAUACCAGGAGCCAGGCACAAGUCAAGAAGCUCAAGAGUUUGCCUGUACACGCUUUAAAGCAGAAUACCCUGUUUUCCAGAAGGUACGCGUAAACGGUCAAAACGCUGCACCACUCUACAAAUUCCUUAAGGCAAGUAAACCCACUUUUUGGGGUUCCAGAAUUAAGUGGAACUUCACCAAGUUCUUGGUCAGCAAAGAUGGCUUAGUGAUUGAUCGUUACAGCACAAUGGUUACACCGCUAUCAAUCGAGAAAGACAUCAAGAAAGCUCUUGAAGAGGCUUGAAACAACAAGGGGGUUUAUUUUCAAUGUAAAUUGCAGCUUUUUGUGAAGUUUUUUCUUUUUUUUUUUUGUUCAUUUUCCUUUCGGACAAGUUUCUCUGUUUGGUGGGAUAUAAAAAGAAAUUGCUUGUUUCGGGAGAGUAGGUUGUUGUUUUUCAUUUUUUUAGCAGAAGUAGUAACACAUGUUAAUCCUACGAGAGUGAUAAAAUUUAUCUGGCCAAUCCAGUCCGAAGUUAAUAGUUAGAGGGUUAUGUGGAAAGUAAUGGUAGAAAAAUCAUAAUUUAAAAGAA